UCAGAGAGUUUGUUGUUUUAAUAUGAAUGAUGAGGUAAUUAUUGAUGAACCAGUAAUUGAUGCUGAGGUUGAAGAGGAAGAAGAAGAAAAAACUGUUAGUGCGAGGCUGGUACUCACAAAUGAGCAGAAAAAAGACUUACACGAUGCGUUCAAUCUUCUUGACUAUCGUGGCGAAGGUAAAAUAAAAGCAGAAGACUUUCGCGUUGCAAUAAAAGCCUUAGGCUAUGAACCCUCUAAAGAGGAACUGCAACAUAUGAUCAACGGAGUGGACAAGGGGCAGACGGGCAAACUAAGCUUCGAGAACUUCGAGACUGCCAUCAUGAGAAAAAUUAUGUCACUCGACAGCGACGGCGAUAUCAUGAAGAGCUUCCGUCUCUUUGACAUGGAUGAUACAGGGUUCAUCAGUUUUGAGAACGUAAAGCAAGUAACAAAAAUUCUCGGCAUACAUCUAUCGGACGAGGAAAUCCAGGAAAUGAUUGACGAUGCUGACACUGACCUUGAUGAAUACAUAUCAGUCCAAGAAUUUAUGAAAAUGAUCAAGAACUCAGUGAAUAUCGUAACUCCAUAAACGUUACGCAUUUUAUCCCAAAUUAUUAUAUUACUUAAAAAGUAAAUAAAAAUAAACUUGUUUGUUUUU